ACAAACUCCCUUCACCUUAAAAUUCUUACUUUGUUCCUCCGCCUUGCUUUUCCCUCCCGCUUCCGACUCCUCCCCCACCGCUCCCCAUGUCGGCGGCGUAGGUGGACACGGCGGAGCCGGUGGCGGAGUGUAGAGGCACGCGAGAGUCGUAGGCGCUCGUGAGGAGAUGGCGGCGCCCUCCUCUUCGGCCGGGUUCGGGGGCAUGUCGACGGACAACGCCAAGGGCCUGGCCCUCGCGGUGUCGUCGAGCGCCUUCAUCGGUGCCAGCUUCAUCGUCAAGAAGAUGGGGCUCAGACGGGCCGCAGAUUCCGGCGUCCGCGCGGGUUAUGGAGGGUAUUCUUACUUAGUGGAGCCACUUUGGUGGAUAGGCAUGAUUUCUAUGAUUGUUGGCGAAAUAGCUAAUUUUGCUGCUUAUGCAUUUGCUCCUGCUAUUCUUGUCACUCCUCUUGGAGCACUCAGUAUAAUAAUCAGUGCUGCACUUGCUCAUUCCAUUCUACAGGAGAAACUGCACACCUUUGGUAUACUUGGUUGUGUUCUUUGUGUAGUCGGAUCGAUCACAAUUGCACUCCAUGCUCCACAGGAGCGUGAUAUUGAUUCUGUAAGGGAAGUUUGGGAUCUUGCAACUGAGCCAGCUUUUCUUUCAUAUGCGACCGUAGUAGUGGUGGCAGCCUUGUUCCUUAUAUAUUUUGUUGUCCCUCAACAUGGACAAACAAACAUCAUGGUGUACAUUGGAGUCUGUUCUCUUCUAGGAUCUCUCACCGUUAUGAGUGUAAAGGCUCUCGGAAUUGCAUUGAAGUUAACAUUCUCGGGAGUGAACCAAUUAUUUUAUCCUCAGACCUGGGCUUUUGCUCUGAUUGUUGCUACCUGCGUAAGCACCCAGAUAAACUAUCUAAACAAGGCACUGGACACCUUUAAUACAGCAGUUGUCUCACCAAUAUAUUACGUGAUGUUUACCUCGCUAACAAUUAUAGCCAGUGUGAUAAUGUUCAAGGAUUGGGAUCGGCAAAAUCCAACACAGAUUGUGACGGAGAUGUGUGGUUUCGUGACCAUCCUUUCUGGGACAUUUCUCCUUCACAAGACGAAGGACAUGAAUGACAGUACUGGGCCGACUCUGUCUACACGGCGAACAAAGCAUGCUAGUCAGACUGCAUUUGCCAUCGAGGUUCUUCCACUAAAAUAUCAAGAUUGUGUGGAUGACGAGACCUUGCCAUUAUCACUUCCCAAGGCUGAUAAUCACUACCUAAUGCAAGAGCUUCCUCUUAGAUACAAAGACUUGAAUAUGACCUAAUGGAUAUUCCUUUGCCCAAGCGAAGUUUGCCAUGCACAGUUUCAGGCAGGAUUAGUUGAUGAGGAACUGAACUUGGAGGUUUUAUCUCAUCUUUGCUGUUGGAUAGAAUGAGGUUAUGGAAAUUAUAAGUUGAUAGUAUUAUCCUUGCUCCUUCCUGGAUGAGGAACGAGGGAUGAUGAUUUCACCUUUUAUAAGGAGAAAUGAGGGAUGCUGUCAAACAUGAGUUCAGUCAAGGGAUAGUUACUCGGGAAUACCAACAAGUUCUAGAAAACCGGAUGAAGUGUACUUACAUACAGUGGCAUCAUUUAUUAUUAUACCAUUUUUUCUCCAUUUUUAGACAGUCAAGCAGUUAUGCUGCAAUUUGAGCUUAUCUGAUUUUUUAGGAAGGUGUUAUAUAGGAAAAUCAAACUUCAUUCUGUUAUUAUUUUUACUUGUACCUACCUCAUAAAUUGCUGCCAGUUAGGUACCAACUGUUGUCUGUGUAAGUAUCAAUUCAUAAGUUUUGGCAGACAGCUGAUGAACCCAA